AUGAAUGGAAAUUUAUUUUACUUAUUAACUUAUAUUUUUUUAUUUCUACUUCCAUAAAUUUAUUUUCUUUUUUAGCCAUUAAUUUUCUAAUAUACAAAUUGUUUAUAUAAUUACUAAAAUACUUAUGUCAUUUAAUUUAAAUUUGAAGCUUUUUUUCUUCAAUUUUUUAAUUUUCAAAAAUCUUAAAAUUUAACUUUGUGUUUUAACUAAGACUCAAAAUAUAGAAAAUUAUAAUUUAUACAGGCUUAAAUUACAGUAUUUAAUAUUUAUAUCUUAAUGAAAGGAGAAUAAAAAAGGAAACUGAUUUAUUAAUAUAUAUUUUUAGAAUGGUACAAAUUAAAUAAGAAUAAUUAAAAAAGAAAAUCAAUAAUUUUUUUUAAUUCAACAAAAUUAUUAAUUUCUGAUCAUAAUUAAUUAAUUUAUUAAAAAUCAAAGAAAUAAAAAGGGAAAUAAAUAAAAAAAAAUGGAGUAAUAGAAUAACUCUUAAAAUAUUCUAGAAGAUUUAAUGAAAUCUAACUUGAAAGCUCUAACUCAUAUUGACUUACAGUUAAAAAAUUGUAUUCUUAGUAAUCAAUAAGUUGCUUAACUUAACAACACUUUAGUAUAAUGUU